UGACUGCUUUAUGCGUCACUGGAAUCGAUAUAUCUCGAACUUGCGACUAUGAUGCGAUACGAUCGUCGAUUCUAUCAAUUCAUUGACGUUAUAUAUUGUCACACACUUCUCCACGGUAAUUCAGAUUAACUCGAAGAGAGCACAGUGGCAGAAGACUAUACGGAGAGUUGCAAAAUAACUGGUUCCGUUACAAGUACAUUUUCUAAACAGUGAGAAACAUUCGGAAGCGGCAAAAUGACUGAAUCUGAGAAUAUUUUCGUGUUUGUGCCCAACAUUAUUGGCUAUGGCAGAGUGAUUUUGGCUCUUAUAUCCUUUUAUUUUAUGCCAACUAACCAUGUCAUUGCAUCAUGGUGCUACAUUAUUAGUGCACUACUAGAUGCAGUGGAUGGUCAUGCAGCAAGAUACUUUAAUCAAGGUACCAAGUUUGGUGCUAUGCUUGAUCAAUUAACUGAUCGUGUUGGCACCAUGUGUUUAAUGGCUACAUUAUGUGUACUUUAUCCAUCGUAUACAUUUUGGCUUCAAUUAAGCAUGGCCAUUGAUAUUGCUUGCCAUUGGAUAUAUUUGCAUACAUCUCUUUUGCAAGGAAAAACCAGCCACAAAUUUAUUGAUAUGUCUGAAAACCCAAUUAUGAGAACAUAUUACACUAAUCGUAUAGUUUUGUUUUUUAUGUGUGCUGGUAAUGAAGCCUUUUAUGCUGCUUUGUACCUCCUUUACUUUACCGAAGGACCUAUUUUUGCUGGUAUAAGUUUGUUCAGAUUGAUUAUGUGCAUCUCUGCACCCAUAGCAUUAAUCAAAACUGGUAUUUCACUGUUACAUGGAUAUGUAGCAUGUAUCAAUUUGAGCAUAAUUGAUCUGAAGGAGAGGCAAGAGCGGCUAAAAGCAAAUUAAGUUGUUUCACUAUUCAGUAUUUCCUAGUCAAAUUAAAUGUGAUUAAGUGAUCUUCCUAAUUUACCAUUUAUUAUAUGCAAACAUGUGUUUACAUUUUCUUUUUUACAAGUUAAUCUAAAAAUUAAAUGUGCCACAUUCAAAGCUAGGCUUCACCAACUAUUUUAAUAUGAAACAGAUAUAUACAGUGCCAAUCACUGUUUUAUCUCUAUUUUAAUAACAACAAGCAUGCUACAAGCAUUAUGUUAUAUUUUAGUACAACUAAGUCUUGAGAAAGUUUAACUCUUUGAGCAGUGUUUCCAUUGCAUUGGCCUUAGUAUUGCUUUGGCAUCAAAUUCAGAAUAUACUACAGCAGACUGGGUAAGGUGUGACCAAAAUGCAUAUUCUUACUGCUCAAAGCAUUAAACAUUAAAAUUCCUAUCACAUACCAUUUUCGUGUCUCGUAUAUUUUUAUAUUUAAUAGGCUAUUUUAUAUAAUAAAAUAUUUAUAAGUUAAUGAUUUUUUGGAAUAUGUUUUUGUAGUGAUGUAGUACAAUUAGAAAAAAUUCAAUAACUAUAAUUGAUGUUACUAUCCUUGAAAUGUUUAAAUGUAAUUUAGAAGAAUAUACUUUAUAGUUCAGCAUUUUAUAUACUAUGUAUAAUAGUAUCAUAUUUUUUAUUGUACUUCAUUGUUCGUUACUUAAUGUAUCUAUAGUAUAAAAAUCUGCCGUGGAUGAUGUAAAAAGUUUCAAGAAGAUAUUUAAUAAAUAUUUUUGUCCCUGA